AUGAAAACUUUCGUAAUAUUCUGUAUUAUUGUUUUCAAUAUUUCACAAUAUAAAUUUGAAAGUUUACCAUGCAGAACAAAUUGUUCGAAUAAUGGUACUAUAGAUAAUGAAUGUUGGCAUGAAGCUUUAGCAUAUCGUUCAUCAGAAUUAAUUAAACAAAUGUUUUCAUUUGCUAGUCUUUCAGUACAUGUUGAUACUUUUCAAAGAUAUCAUCCACAUGACUUUAAUGAUUCUAUAAAACUUAUUGAUGAAUCAUUGGAAAAACAUUUAAUUAAUGAAUCAGCUGAUAGCCAUUUAAAUAUAAAUUUAUUUACAGAAACUAAACAAAUUCUUGUGAAUUUCUGUCGAAAUUUAACAACAACACAAGUAGAAUCUGUUGAUAAAAUUCCAUCAUUAUCAUGUUCAUUAUAUACAUGUUCUUCUGAAGUACUUAAUCAUUUAGUGCUUCUUAUUAUCACUGCUAUAUUAGCUGGAUUAAUUCUAAUUGUAUGUAUGGUGCAAUUUAUCCAGAUGCGUCGUCGUUUACCAUCUUUAAUAACUAUUCAACAAGCGAAUACUCCACUUAUAAGUCCUGAUUCUACUAAUCAAACUAGUAUUAAUGCUUAA